GUGACUCGAUGUGGCUGCGAAGCGAUCGUGGCCUGCGCGUGUUCGCCGCCUGCCUCCCCGCAUCCGUCCACCGUCCCCGCCACUCCUUCCCUCCCUCGCAGCGCCUCGCUACGCGAGCGUCCAUUGUCCCUACCCGAGCACAGCGCCCGCCUUCCGUUGUGGGCCACCUCCACCACGCCCGCGCGUCCCUGCACUGCUGUCCGUCCACCAACCGUUGCCGCCCACAUCCCCACCGCCGUUUCGUGAUCGUUCGAUAGCUGAUGAUACAUUCACGCUGCGGCAUGCCCGCGAAUGCUAUGCUCUCCCAAUUGUCCGCGUCUGCCCUCCGUAAUCCAUCCAUCUAUCCACCUGCACGUUCCCCGUCGAGCACUGCCGUGCGACCCCAGGGCCGUCCUGCCGGGCCCCCGCUGCAGCCCAUGGUCUGCUCCGAGGCCUUCUCGCUCCCACCGGCAGCUGCUCACGUACGAUCGCGAGCUGUGGCGCCCGGCGGUGGACACCUUCAGCUCACGAUCACGUCCACUCAGGGCGUGCCGUUUGCGGGCAAUUCACCGGCGCGCCGCCCUCGAGUACGUACGCUGCACCGUAACGGGGCUGCGCUACGCGCGCUCCGAGCCCAGGGAGGGUGCUCUACUCGGCCGCCCAUGCGGUAACUUUCAGCUUGUCUGAAGCAAAUUUGUCUAAUUGUUUAUUCGAUCGUACCCGCGCGUUAACGUUAUUCGAGGCUGAGCUAACCUUCUCCAACC